AUGUCGUGGAAACUGCCUGCCACGGCGUACUUCCCGCGCACAGUGCCAUCGACGAAUGCACCUGUGCGUUCGCACAUCGCCACUCGCUCCAACGUGUGCGUCACGGCCGUGACACCGAAUAAUGUGAAUCAGGUUCGGCGUAUCAACGCAGCGCUCUUUCCAGCUACGGUCAAUGAAGAGAUGUACGACGGGGCCCUCAAAGACGAUACCAAUGCCCUCUUUCAGAUCGCCUUGUUCAACGACAUACCUGUCGGCGCCAUUUGUUGCCGCCUGGAAGAUGGAUCUGACGCUACGAAGUGUAAGGUGUAUGUCAUGACCAUUGGUGUGUUGGGGCCGUACAGGCGCCUGGGCCUCGCCACGGCCUUGAUCAAAUACAUCCUUGCUGCCGCGACGCCAGGAUCCCUUUUCGCAGGUCGUUCCGUCGAGUGUGUAUACCUGCAUGUGCAAACCAGCAACCAAGGAGCCCGUGCAUUUUAUGAACAACUCGGCUUCACCCUGACCGAAACGAUUCCUGCGUACUACACACACGCCGACCCUGCGAGUGCAUGGGUAUUUGAGAAACGGGCCAACUAA